AUGGCGACCAAAAUAAUCGAUAUCCGGACAGACACCGCGGAGUCUGAUAUUCUUGCUGAUAUCAAGAAUGGUUUGCGACCGAACAAUGGUGGCGAAAAGAAGCUGCCUACGUUGCUGCUCUACGACCAGGAAGGUCUCCGAUUGUUCGAAGAAAUCACAUACCAAGAAGAGUACUACUUGACAAAUGCCGAAAUCGAGGUCCUCGAGACAUAUGCGGAUAAAAUCGCCGAACGAAUCCCAUCCAACUCCAUCAUCGUGGAACUGGGGAGCGGCAAUCUCAGAAAGGUGAACAUACUUUUACAGGCUGUCGAUCGUCUUGGCAAGGACGUCGAGUAUUACGCUGUCGACCUGUCUCUUCCGGAAUUGGAGAGAACAUUCGGUGAAAUACCUACAGAUGGAUACAAGCAUGUCAAGUGCUUUGGGUUGUACGGCACGUACGACGAUGCCCUAGAGUGGCUGAAGACUCCCGAAGUCGAAGAGAAACCAAAGACCAUCCUUUGGCUGGGCUCCAGCCUGGGCAAUUUCAAACGCCAUGAGGUGCCGCCAUUCCUUGCUGGGUUUGGUGCAGUCCUACAGACUGGUGAUACCAUGCUUAUCGGUAUCGAUUCAUGCAAAGAUCCCGAGCGUGUUUACCAUGCGUACAACGAUUGCAACGGUGUAACGCACAAAUUCAUCCUCAACGGCCUGAAACACGCAAACGCAAUCAUGGGCGAGAAAGCUUUCGAUAUUCAGAACUGGGAAGCCAUUGGCGAGUACGACAACCAAGCUGGAAGACAUCACGCUUUUGUCGCACCACUCAAAGACACUGUUGUCGACGGUGUCCCGAUCAAACAGGGCGAGAAAAUCCGCAUUGAGGAAUCUUACAAGUACAGCCGCGAAGAAGCGAAAGAGCUUUGGGAGCUGGCCAAACUCGCGGAGAACGUUGUAUGGGCGAACGCAAAGGGCGAUUACGGUCUGCAUUUUGUUUCCAAGCCCGCAGUGUUCUUUCACACCAAGCCAAAAGAGUACGCGGCGAAUCCAGUACCCUCUUUGGCCGAGUGGCGAGAACUUUGGACGGCCUGGGACGCGGUCUCAAAGGACAUGAUACCCGAAGAAGAGCUACUCUCCAAGCCCAUCAAACUUCGGAACGAGUGUAUCUUCUACCUCGGCCACAUUCCUACAUUCCUAGAUAUCCACAUCGCCCGCGCCACCGCCGGCAAGCCUUCGGACCCUGCCUAUUUCUGGAAGAUCUUUGAGCGCGGCGUUGAUCCUGAUGUCGAAGAUCCAACUCAGUGCCAUGCCCACUCCGAGAUUCCUGAAGAGUGGCCGCCGCUAAAGACCAUUCUAGGAUUUCAAGAGACAGUACGAAGCAAAGUCGAAGCGCUCUAUAGUUCAGGAGAGGCGGAAUCGAAUGGCCAUGUGUCUCGAGCACUUUGGAUCGGUUUUGAGCAUGAAGUCAUGCAUUUGGAGACUUUGCUCUACAUGCUGAUCCAGAGUGACAAGGUCUUGCCACCUCCUGGUACCAAGGUUCCAGACUUUGCAGCAUUUGCAGCACAGUCGCAGACUCUGGCAAAUGAGAACCAGUGGUUCACGAUUCCUGAAUCAGACAUCCAAAUAGGUCUUGAAGACCCUGAGGAUGACUUCAAAACCAUACGAUACUUUGGAUGGGAUAACGAGAGACCUCGCCGUACAGCGCACGUAAAGUCCUUCCGCGCAAAGGCUCGCCCGAUCACGAACGGAGAGUACGCCACAUAUCUGACUGAGACAGGAAAGACAGCUAUACCUGCAUCGUGGUGCAAGCAGCCAUAUCCUAAUGGCAAGGACACAAGCAUCAGCAAGAGAGACAGUGUGGUGAAUGGUCAACAUAAUGAAACCAAUGGCUCACCUCAGAGCAUUACAGAGGGCACAUUUGUCCGCACUGUAUACGGCAUUGUCCCUUUGAAGUUUGCCAUGGGUUGGCCUGUAGUCGCAUCCUACGACGAACUAGCUGGCUGCGCGCAGUGGAUGGGUGGUCGUAUUCCCACGAUGGAAGAAGCACGAAGCAUCUACAGCUACGUCGACGGCAUGAAACCAGAGUUUGAGAAAUCGCUUGGAAACACGAUUCCAGCAGUGAACGGGCAUUUGAUCAACGAAGGGGUGUUCGAGACGCCACCACCGCACUCUUUGUCUAACGGCGACUCCGGCGCAGUAUCUGAUCUCAAUCCACGCGAUCUCUUCAUCGACCUUGAAGGGACGAACGUGGGCUUCAAACACUGGCACCCAGUCUCGGUGGUCGAAAAGGGCAACAAGCUCUGUGGCCAAUCUGAUCUGGGAGGUGUUUGGGAAUGGACUAGUACUGUGCUGGAGAAGCAUGACGGCUUUGAGCCGAUGGAGCUGUACCCAGGUUAUACAGCCGACUUCUUCGACGGCAAACAUAACCUCACGCUUGGUGGAUCGUGGGCGACGCAUCCACGCGUUGCUGGACGAAAGACAUUCGUCAACUGCUUGCUGCAAGAAAUGGGUAACAGCCUACUCUUUAAGUGGGAAGAUUCAGAGGCGCUCAAACACCACUGCGGGAUCUGUGAGCGUCCCUUGAGCCAUCCCGGUGCGAGAGCGUCUUGUUUCGGCAAGCACAGCGAGCCAUGUGUCCGCUUCCACCAGGCUAUGUUCAUGCGCCUUCGAGGUCAUACGUGCAAGUACUGUAUGGCAAUUGAUGAACAGCAUUACAGGCGCCAUCACGAUAUCGCCGAGCGGUUACGUGCCGUCUACGAGAGUUGCGGCGAGGUCGAUUGGAGCAUCGUACCAGAUGAAUUCGGGCCAGAGGAACGUGGAAGAGUGAGAGAACCCGGUGACGGGGAUACACCAUUGUCGAAGCGCGAGAGAAAGGAUGCGAAGCGUCUUGUGAGAGCGGCCAGUAGAUCGAGAGUCAUCACUCUGGAGGAGAUCGGAUACAUCGACUCCGUCGUGCACUCCGCUGAAGGCACAACGAGCAACGAAGCCGACGGACCGCGUAAUCCAGAAGAGGUCGAUGAGAUCGAAAGGCAGCUCCGAUACCACGCUCAUGUAUAUAGCACACAGGUCAAUCGGAGGGGGCUUAGAAAGCUCGCCGAGGCUCAUGAAGAUACGUCCGAUAUCGACUUCGAAGCCGAGAUGGAACGCAUCCUGGAGACAUUCCAUAUCAACAAGCUAAUCAAACGCAACACAAAAACCAAGGGAUUGCAGGGGAAAGAGCUAAAGACAUUUCACAAUUUCGUCGACGGUUUGAAGCACGCCGUGCUUGAGGAUAUUGUGUUGGUCAACAAAGACAAUGCUGAGUCGCGCAUGCGGCGGGCUGGUUACCUCAGAUAUACUAACAAGACAUCCUACGGGAUUGUAGAAGAAAGGUAUACCGACAAGGACUGGAAGACCGGUGAGAAGUUUGCGUCCAGUUCGAAUGAUUUCAGUGGUGCCAUCACUCCUGUACAUGAAACCAGUAUACUUCCAAGCGAAAACUUCGAAGACCAGUCUCCUUGCCGGCCUAGAAAUGCUCACAGCCCGGACCGGAGACAUCUUGAGAGUAGUCACAAGCGCGUUAGUGGCGAUGAUGGACUCUACGCUGCAGUUAUCGAGCCUUAUUAUACCCCACUACUAUCCUUACCACAUGCUCCAGCUUCUGGUACGCCAGCUGCCGCGAUCAUGGUGAUCAACAUUAAACCUCCAGAGCGUGCACCAGCUCCAGUGCGUGGUCGCGCAGAGAAACCUGUCAAGACAGCCUCCGAUGGCUGGAAGGCCGUUACGAACGGAGGUGUGCCAACAAAGCAGAUACCAAAGGCACGUGUUUGGGGUAACAUCCCAAGCAAGCGCCCAGCUCAGGCUUGCCGACCUGGGUCAGCACCAUGGUCUUCCGACUCUCGCAACUUUCCCAAUAUCUCCGCUGCGAAAACGUCGUUCGAUGAUGCAUAUUCCCAAACUCGUGAGGUGAAGCCUCCGAUGAUCUGGUGUUCGAAAGAGCCUGAGACCUUCGUUUUCCAGACGGAAGACAAUGUCAGUGGCCAUGCCGCGGUUUCACAAAAGAAGAAAGCUAAGAAAGCUCGAGAAGCUAAGCGCAAAGCAAAGAAGCACUCUACAUCAAACGUGAUCAUCACCGAAGACGUUGGAGAUGAGCUUGACAUCUCAAUGCAAGGCCCUUCUACACCACAAAAGACCGAGGUCGACACCAACGUCCUAAAUAUCGACGAGACACUGCAAUCUUUCUCGAUAGAUACAGAAACUGAAGGGAAGUUCGCCGACCUCAUGGUAGAGUCAAUUGCUAUGAUUCACGAUUCCAGUGAUGGGAUAUCGUUGGUGCCUCCGCCUGAAUCUAUGCCGAUCACAAAACAUGGCAAGCACAUGCACUGGAUCCGGUUUGUACGCAAUUUUGUUGUUGAUCAACUCACCAAUCCAUAUUCGCCGUCGUGGAGUGGGUGUUCACACAGUAGCUCGUGUUCCUUUGAGAAAAAUAACGUCCCGGAUUGUCCUUUCCACGAGCCUCAUUGCUCCUGUGUCGAUCCUUUGACAGACCAGUGCUAUUUGGCGAUGCCUUGUGUUGAGCUGUGUAGUACUGGACCGUUCAACCGCCUCCGUGGCGAGAAGCUGCUGUCGCUAUAUGAGAAGGAUCAUCGAACAAAGGGCCGCUUGAUGCUCAUAGACGAUGACCUAAUCAAUUACUUUAUGGAAGAUCCUAUCAGCCGAUCGCGCAAUCGCAACCCAGACGGCGUGCCCGCGCGUCUACAGAAGGAGUAUGAUGACGUCAAGAAUGGACACAAUCCCGGAACUCUUAUGGCGCAAGAGCUUCGUUUUGAGCGACUCUACGCUAAGAACAGUUCUAUGAACCAGGGGCUUACCCAGAGUAUGCUACAGGAUAUCCAGCGCAACGAGUUCGAACGUUCGGAUACGAGCGCGGAAAAGUUCGAAAAGAUGUUCGAUGAGAAAUUCGCGGAGAUGAUGAACUCAUCCGACAUGGACUAUCUGAAACUACUACCAGCCGACCUGAGGAGCAAGGUCAAGGAGGUCGGAGGGUUCACGGCUAUGCCUAAAGAGCUCCAGCAGAAAUUCAAAGAGAAGGUCAGGGCGCUUGGCGAAAAGUUUAGGGCAGCGGACGUCAAGAUGUUCGAUUUGUAA